AUGCCCUGGCAGCCCCUUCCCCGAAUCGCCUUCGCCGUCGCGACAUAUCCCUUCGCCGCCUCGGGCCCGGCCGACCUGCCCCUCGAGAUCGGCGAUGAGCUGUACAUAAUCGAAGAGACCCCGGACGGCAACUGGUUGCGCGGCUACCUGGUGGCCCCUCCCAGUCUGCUGGCCGGACUGACUUCCGUCAAGGGCCAGACUCUCGAGGCCCGAGUCUUCAGCGGCAUCUUUCCCAGGAGUUGUGUAGAGGUGCGCGAGGUCCUGGGCGAAUCCGACGAGACGGAAGAUGGCGAAGAUGCUGCCAGCGACGAGAACGGCGACGUCCACAUCGGAAGUGACUCGGGCAAGAGCGGCAUUACACCGACAGUCGAAAAGAAGAAGCCGGCGGAUGGACACAAGUCGAUCGACAGCACACGGGGGUCCAAGAUUGAAAUCAAGGGUCGCAAGCCGCUCAAGGAACUUCCCAAUGGCACCCAGGGGCGCCUCUCAGUGCCUGUGAAGCGAGACCCUGACGCCCCUCGACCUGCCGCGCCGGUGCCCAUGCUCAAAAUCGGCGACGAGACCCCAACAUCAGCAGCAGAGCCCUUAAUCGACGAAAUCGCUAGUUGUCUACGAGAAUGGCACUCGACCAACCUACAUGGAUUGUUACUGUCGCGGCAGUAUGGCCGCCUCGACAAGUUGUCCCAACUAAUCACCACACUCAACUUUAGCAGACAGCAAUUCCUCCACAACGUCCUCACCGCGCAUGAGUACGACAAGCUCCGAGAAAAGACCGUAUGGGAUCUGGUCCGCGUCAACAAGCUAUGCGGGGGCGAGGUUAUCGUUCGCGACCCAACUGAACGCGGAAGGGUACUGACGGGCGAUGAUUCAGUGGUGGAUGUGACCAAGCUACAGUCCAUCAUGAGCGUCUUGGACGAGCCCCCUCAACCUACGACCGAGCCCACAGCCCUCCAUCACUUGCUUGUGGAUGUCAAGGGAUUCGCUGGCGCAUCUGCCGAGGAGACUUCCCUGGUUGUCUACCUCGUGGCUAAACCAGUUGGCGGCCAGGCGGCGGCCCUCUCCGAAUGCUUCAUUAUUGACAUACCCCCUGGCGGAACGAUAGGCAGUCUUGCUAAGUCUGGCCAAACGAGGACAAUAUUCUCCGACCUCUCGUCGCAAGAUAUCGGCGACGUCGCAUCCGCAGAAACGGAGCUCUACCUCGUGGUCAAGGUGCGCUCCAGCCAACAAGUCAUGCCCAGCGGAAAGCCCGAUUCGCGAUCGGGUUCCAAGUCCCGAGACGCUGGUGCGCACAAGGACCCCGCCAAGCCCCCCUCAUCUAGCGGCAACAAGGCUUCUAGAAGAAGUCUCAUGUGGGGAUCGAAGACUGCGCGAGCGUUCUCAAGAGGUGGAGCAACAUCACGACUUGACUCCGUGACAGAGACACAGGAAGGCCGCCCAGGAACUCAAGACGACAGUCAGGAGAGUGCCGCGCCACCUAGCACGGCCGGAUCGAGGAGCCGAGGCUCUAUGGACGCAGGAUCAGGUUUCCACACGGCCGAGCGGACGGUGGGCAUUGGUGUGCUCAAGCUCAACGCCGUUAUGAAGCAGGAUGAGGAAGUUGAGCAGGUCGUCAGCGUGUGGGCGCCCUCCCUCUCGCUCCCUACAGAGAAGCAGGGCUUACACGAGGACUGGGACAUGUUAAUCCGUGACCUUAUGGACAGCCCAAGUGGUCACUAUGAGAAGUCGCGCCGAGCCGAGCGAGUACAGGUUCACCUAAAGUCCUUCAACCACCCAGAUGUCGAGACGUUGGUGAAGGUCACACCGACCCUACUGGCUGGAGUCCGUAAAACGAACAAGAUGGGCUUCUCUGGUGCCCCAACCAAGGCCAGAUCGGACAUCUACGUCACUCUUGACACCGCGACCCUGUCAAAGCAGAACCUAUUGUCCCGAUAUGCAGGGAAUCCGACAACGCUCUCCAGCAGCGUACACGGGAACAAUUUGCAGGUGACACUCGAAGUGCGACGGACGAGUGGAGAAAAGAUCCCGAACUGCAUCUACUCCUCGUCCAACACCGAAGGCGUGACUACGUGGAAAUCUACCGCAGUAGACAAGGGGGAGCACUGGAGUCAAACCGUUCGGCUUGCUGUGCCACCACAAGACGUAUUCACGUCACACAUUGUCAUGUUCGUAUCCGAGAUGCCGAAUGCUCCGUUCGCGGUUUCCCACAUGCCUUUGUGGAACCAAGAGGCCUUCGUCCGAGAUGGCUCCCACGCCCUGCUUCUGUACAAGAUGGAUGAGUACACUUCCACCGCUCAAGCUGGCCCCUCCGGAAAGGGCGGCUACCUCUCCCUACAGUGGAGCGCCAGAGGUGAUGACGAGCACUCGGCAGAGGUGACCGGUCCUUUGGCAAUCCUGCGCGUCGACUCUUACCUAUGCAGCACCACAUUCUCCCAAGAUCGUAUCGUUUUGGGUUUGAUCAAGUGGAAGGACACUUCCAAGGAGGACAUCCAGACUCUGCUGAAGCACGUCAUUUUUGUCCCAGAGAUUGAGAUUGUCAAGCUUCUGAGCGAUGUUCUCGACGCUCUAUUCGGCAUUCUGGUCGAAUACUCUGGGAGUGACGAGUUUGAAGACCUCGUGCUCACUGCCCUGGUUAGGGUCCUUGGCAUUGUGCAUGACAGGAGAUUUAACUUGGGUCCUCUGGUUGAUCAGUACGCCGAGAGCCGCUUCAACUAUCCGUUCGCCGCAGCCUGUCUUGUCCGAUCGUUCACUCGCCUGCUGGAGAAGCCCACUGAGCCUGAGAUUUCUCGAAAGCUUCGAUCUACAUUCAAGGUCGUCCGUCACAUUCUGAAGUUCAUCACUCAUGCGCGAGGCCAGCAGAAGGCCAAGGAAGCCGGCAUAGGCAUCACGACUUCCAGCUCUACUCCGGGCUUCACUCGCGAGUUGAGGAACAUCUUCAAGGCCCUGGACGCCAUGAUGCGCAACCAUGCUCCGGUCCUUGUUGGUAGUCAGACACUCGCCGUGCAACAUUUCCACACGUGGCUUCCAGAGCUGACAGGACUGUUGACGACUGAAGAGAUCCUUCACGUCGCGAUCGACUUCCUCGACUCUUGCGCCGACGUCAAGGGCAAGCUGGUGCUCUACAAGCUUGUAUUAAUCAUCAACUACUCCAAGCUCGACAUGUUCUCACACCCUGAUCAAAAGUCCGCCCUUACUGCCAACACUGUCCGCUGGAUCUCGCCUCACUGGGGUCAUUCCGAGGACGUCACCGACCUGUGGAAGGACCAAGUUCGCCUCUGCUGCUCUGUUCUCGCUAGUCAAAUCGACAACCUAGGCGCUGAGAUCCCUGACUACCUCCCGAAGAUUAUCGAUUCUUAUUUGUCUAUAGUUUCUACCAACAUCAAGCCACGCAACCGACUUUCCCUUCUGUUCCCGACCUCAUACCCCUUUCCUUCCAAGCCGAUUGCGGAAGAAUGCACCUUUGAUGAGGCACUGAUUGAGCUUUCCGCCAUUCUCUCUGCCAUCUCGAAUUCGCCAAGCGGAAUGCAACUGGAGUUGACAGAAGGCGACCUGACUGCAUUAUUAGAAAAUACCCUUCGCGUGCACAUGAGCAUACUAAUGGGCGAGGCUUUCCCGCCCGAAUGGCUAAGCGUACAUAUUUACCACCACAAGUCCACCAUGAGGACACUGCAAUACCUGUCCAGCAUCUUGCUGGAGUCUUUCUUACCACACCCCGACGAGGCCGAAAACUUCAACACGGAACUCUGGAAGAUGUUCUUCACGACUAUGCUAAAGCUUGUCGGCAGCCCGUCCCUCGCGCUGGAGACGUUCCCCGAGCAGAAGCGCAGGGCUGUGUGGAAGAUCGCCGGCGACGUAAGGGAGCAUGGAGCCGAGCUGCUGAGGCGAACAUGGGAGGCAAUCGGUUGGGAGACGAGCAGCGAUGAGCGGGCUCGCUAUGGCCUCUCCAAGAUGGGCGGUUACCAAGUUCAAUACGUUCCGACCUUGGUCGGUCCGAUCGUCGAGCUUUGUCUUAGUGUGCACGAAGGUCUUCGCCGGAUGGCCGUGGAGGUGCUGCAGACUAUGAUCGUCAGCGAGUGGACUCUGAGCGAAGACUUGUCCGUCAUCCAGACCGAGAUGAUCGACUGCCUCGACCAUUACUUCAAGUCAAAGCCCUUAACCGAAAGCAUUCUGCAGAAGCUUUUCGUCAACGAGGUUCUGGAGAGGUUUGCCCCCCUGUCGACAAUUCCCGACGAUCCUCUCUACGCUGGUCUGCGUGAUCUGAUGGCGACCGUUGACGAGUUCCUUGACCUGCUUGUGGCUGUUCACAGCGGCGACGUCACAAGCGAAGCGUCGCAUCUUAUCAACCGUCUCAGACUGAUGGAGUUCCUUCGAGACAUGCAGAAGGAGGAGAUCUUCAUCCGCUAUGUCCACCAACUGGCCAUCCUGCAAGGUGAAGCGAGGAACAACUGCGAGGCUGGCUUGGCGCUUCGCCUUCACGCUGACCUGUACGAAUGGGACCCGACCAAGCAAGUUCCCGCCCUGGACGACCCCGAGUUCCCUGCCCAAACGCACUUUGAACGCAAGGAGCGCAUCUACUUCGAUAUGAUCAAGUACUUUGAGGACGGCGAGGCGUGGAGCAGUGCGCUCGCAGCUUAUCAAGAGCUGCGAGUUCAGUAUGAGACCAACAUCUUCGACUUUGCCAAGCUUGCCCGCACUGAGCGUGCCAUUGCCACCAUCUACGAGACCAUUUCAAAGAGCGACAAGCUGGUGCCCAAGUACUUCAAGGUUAUCUACAAGGGUCUCGGCUUCCCGCCCAGCCUGCGUGACAAGGAGUUUGUCUACGAGGGCUCGCCAACAGAGCGUGCAGCUGCCUUCACGGACCGCAUGCAGGAGCAAUACCCUUCUGCCCAGAUUGUUACGGGAGGCGAUGUAGACGACGUAGAGGGACAGUUCCUCGUCGUUUCCGCGAUCACUCCUCACCGCGACCUCACUCAUCAAGUCUUCCAGCGCGCUCGCGUUCAGCAGGUCAUCCGCGACUACCUGUUGUCCGCCCACCCUCAGAGCUUCUCCGUGUCUUCUAAGCGGAGCACCUCUGGACCUGUUCAGGAGCACUUCGCUGAGAAGCUCAUCUUCACCACGGCCGACCCGUUCCCCACAAUUCUCCGCCGAAGCGAGAUCGUCCACACCGAGGAGAUCAAGCUCAGCGCCCGAGAAACCGGUCUGGAACGUAUCGUCAGGAAGACGCAAGAGAUGACGAUCCUCGAGAAGAGGAUCGCUGAUGGAGACGAAGAGAACGCACAGUUGCUCGUGGAUGCUAUCAGCAUUUCGGUCAACCCUGAUUCUGAGAACAGCGUUGCCUGCUACCGUCAGCUUCUGCCCGCCCCCCGCGAAGAGAACGAUGAGGACGACGAGACAGAAGAGCAGGAAGAGGAAGAAGAAUUGGAGCUCGAUCCGCAGGACAACGCCAUCAAGAUGGCGUUGGUUGAUCACGCCAUCAUGAUUAAGAGAUGCUUGGCAACCUUCGCUCGGAGUUCAAAUGAGGUCCUCCACGAGAGACAUGAGGAACUUCAGCAAUGUAGGUCAUCCUGUUCCGCUGCCAAAUCCCCUGUACUAACAAGAGCAGGCUUCGAAAGCACAUUCGCUCCCGAGAUUGCACUCUUCGCACCGCCUCAGCCCUCCCGUGAUUCAUCCACUGCCUCUCCCACCUGGAGACGGUCAGAGCCUUCAACUGAGCAGGUGUCUCCCAAGCCCCAGAGCCUCGCCGGUGUCAUCACAACCACUGGCGUGAUUGCUGAAGAAGCGGCGACAGUAGCACCGAUUGCUGUCAGAGGCCGCGGAACGCGCCUCAGCUUCCUGGGGGGUCGUAAGAAGGAAUCUCCGGUGUUGCAACAGACGAACGGCGAUACCCACGUGAAUGGGGAAGUCGACGACACUGUCAGCAGCCGAAGCCGCAGCUUCAGCAAGACCCAGGAGACCCAGAACCGCCGCACGAGCUUCUUCCGCGCCCCGUCUACCGAACCGCGAAUCAUGACCGUUAACGAUGCCACGAGUGAGUGGGUGACGGAUUCGGGCGGCCGUCAGAGCUCGGACAUGGGCACGAACCUCACCGAAAAGGAGCGCGAGUAUAGGGACGAGCGACCUGCGGAGCCCCUUGGCAUCGUGAAGAGGGGCAGCGUUCGCAAGAGAUUGAGCAUGCUGAAGCUGGGCAAGAAGUCCAACAAGGCCGGCGCUAUGGGCAGCGUGCACGAGGAGUAG